GGGACACCGGAUGUUGAAGCUGAUUGGCCAAGAUUGCACGGAAAUCUUGCCUGUAAACAGUGCUCGGUACUGAUGAUGUUUUGAAACAAAAUUAAUGACUACGUGAUGAAUAACAAAUGAAUUGAUUUUGAUUGAUGCACAAAGGUUAUACAGUAGACAGAAUGAAUUUAAUGGACCAGAACCAUAGACUUGUUCACCUUGACCUGAAGGGUGCUCCGCCUAGGGUGGAAUAUUUAGAACAGGUUAUACCAUUGUUUAAGAAGUUGGGUGCUACAGGUCUCCUUAUUGAAUAUGAAGAUAUGUUUCCAUACUAUGGAGAAUUAGAGGAGGUAGCAUCACAACAUGCAUACAGCAAAGAAGCAAUAUACAGAAUUCAGCAACUAGCAGAAGAAAAUAGUUUGAUUAUAAUCCCUCUAGUGCAAUCAUUUGGCCAUUUUGAGUUUGUGUUGAAACAUGAGAAAUUCAGAUCUCUUAGAGAAGUUCCCAACUAUCCCAUGGCUCUUUGUCCUUCCAAUCCAGAUUCUUUGAUGGCAGUUUGUAUGAUGAUUGAUCAAGUUAUGGAAUUACAUCAAGGUCUACGGUGGUUCCAUAUCGGAGCUGAUGAGGUCUACCAUAUUGGGAUCUGUGAUAAAUGUAAGAAACGAAUGCAUGUACAGAACCUUACACAACAACAACUCUUCUUUAGUCACUGUAAGGCUGUACUUAACUACAUCAAAGUCAAGUAUCCAUCAGUUACAGCUAUAAUGUGGGACGACAUGCUGAGACAUACAGAACUAUCUGUUUUACUGGAAUCGGGUUUGGCAGGCCUUGUAGAACCUAUGAUAUGGCAUUAUUUGACAAAGUUUUUAUUGCCACCAGAUAUUUGGGACAAGUUUUCCAAGCUAUUUCCCAAUAUUUGGUUAGGUAGUGCAUUCAAGGGAGCAACAGGGUCUAAUAUGUAUUUGACAAACAUUGGUUACCACAUAGAAAAUCAUCUCGUCUGGGUGGCUUUACAGGAGAAAGAAAAACAGAAGUUCCAAACAAUCCGAGGUUAUGCUGUUACUGGCUGGUCCAGGUAUGACCAUUAUGCUGUUCUAUGUGAGUUAUUACCACAAGCCUUACCUAGUCUGGGAAUCUGUCUCUCCGUGUUAAACAAGGGAACAUUUAAUGCUGACCUUCACAAUGGUGUGUCUGACGUUCUCAAGUUUAAAUCUCACCUUCCUAUCAGUCCAUUUCAGUGUUUAGGAGCACCUCCUUGUGAUUUUCCAGGACAUAAAGUGUACAGAGAUAUGCUGGAUUUCAAUCACCUUGAGGCUUCCUAUGAAGAUCUAAUGCAUAAUGAGAGCAUAUUUACUUGGAUGAACGAAUAUCAAAUAAAAAGAAACUUUGUCAAUCCUGUCCAUGUAGGACCCUUACUAAAUGCUGUAGCAAAGUUAUUGGAGAGUUUUCGAAUCUUAAAAGCACGACUGCAGUCAUCUCUAUCAGAAGUAUUCUAUGACACAGCUACUGAAGAAUGGAUGAAUGUUUACUUUUUUCCUAAAAAACACAAAUUAAAGGACAUCAUUGAAAAUGCCAGAAAUAGUGGACUUUCAUCGUUAAUUGAAUAGAUUUGUGUAAAAAGGAUAGUAGAAAAUGUUCAUUAAAAUGAGAUUUAUAAAUUUUGA